CAUGGCUGGGGGGUUGCCUGCUGGUGGAGCACAUGUCACCCUUCUGGUGGCUGUAGCUCCAGCCCUGCCCCCUUUCUGUAUAUAUAUAUUCCAGUCUCACUGAAUCCCCACAAGUGGGAAUGAAGCUCUGCACAAAAGGCCAGCAAAGACUAGCACACACCGCUGAGUGAAAGUACAGAGAAUUCACAGAGGACGAGUGGUCAUGGACUUGAUCCCAAGCUUUUCCACAGAAACCUGGCUUCUUCUGGCUAUCAGCCUGGUGCUCCUCUAUCUGUAUGGGACCUACACACAUGGGAUUUUUAGGAAGCUGGGAAUUCCUGGGCCAACACCUCUGCCUUUUGUGGGAACUGCUCUGGGCUACCGUAAUGGUUUUUAUGUUUUUGACAUGAAAUGUUUUAGUAAGUAUGGAAGAAUGUGGGGGUUUUAUGAUGGGCGACAGCCUGUGCUGGCUAUCACAGAUCCGGACAUGAUCAAAACAGUACUAGUGAAAGAAUGUUAUUCUGUCUUCACAAACCGGCGGGUAGGCAUGGGUUUAUUUUAAAUUUACAUAGUUAUUCAUAAAACUUUUAUUUUGAAAUA